AUGUUCUCAAAGACCUUAAUCAUCGCCUCCGUCGCUACUCUGGCUGUUGCUCAGUCAAGCACAGCAUGUCCUGGACAAAACAUUCUCGACGCCUGCAAAGCCACCAUCCAAGCUCAAGUCAAUAACUGCGCCUACACCGACUACUCCUGCCUGUGCACCGCAUACACAAACAUGGUCGGAUGCUAUGCCAGCUCUGGCUGCUCGAAUGACCUAACCGUCGGCACUGCUCAGCAGCAAAAGGAGCUGAACUGCAAUAACGCUUCCGUCUACGGCAGCACAACCAUCCUUGGUACUGCUACUGCAACAUCCGCUGCUACCACGGCAUCCUCCGCCUCUUCACGUGCAACAUCUGCUGCAUCUGGCUUCGCUUCAGGUACUUCGUCAGCUAGCAGCUCCAGCGCCAGCGCCAGCCAGAGCAGCUCUUCGAAUGAUGCUGGAAGCGUCGGCGCGGCAGGUAGCCUGCUUGCCAUCGUCGCUGCUGGUAUCGCUGCUCUUUUGUAA